AUGGCCGCCAGAAACUACGGCAUUCUCCUCACGAUCUUCACCGUCGCAAUAGCCCUCCUUUUCCAGCCCGGCCCCGCUGCAGCCCUCCCUAACGUGACCGCCGUUUUCGCCUUCGGUGACUCCAUUCUCGACCCGGGUAACAACAACCACAUCCCGACCCUAUUCCGCUCCAACCACCCGCCCUACGGGGUCGACUUCCCCGGCCGCAUCCCCACCGGAAGAUUUUCCGACGGCAAGCUGCCGGCGGACCUUCUCGUCGACCACCUCGGCAUCAAGCCGCUACUGCCCGCGUACCUCGACCCGGCCCUCACCGAUUCGGACCUGCUGACGGGCGCCAGCUUCGCGUCGGCUGGCACGGGCCUCGACGAGCUCACAGCAGCCGAGGCCUUCGUGCUGACCAUGAAUGCCCAGCUGGCGCACUUCGGACGGGCUCUGGGAAGGAUGAGGAGGGCCGCGGGCCGGGAGGAGGCGGGCCGUGUCGUGUCCAACGCCAUCUUUUUGGUGGGCGCGGGGACUAACGACAUGCUCUACAAUUUCUACUUGCUGCCGAUUAGGAAGGGGAUGACUGUGUCCGGCUACCAGGAUUUCCUGCUGAGGAAGCUCGAGAGUGCUAUCAUGAGAUUGCACGGAAUGGGGGCCAGACGGGUGGCGGUGAUGGGGCUGCCGCCAGUGGGGUGCUUGCCUGUGCAGGUGACCAUCGGAAGCUUCUUGCCGAGCCCGCACAUGUUCAGGCGCGUGUGCGUAGACCAGCAGAACAUGGACUCAAGGGCGUACAACACAAAGCUACAGGCCAUGUUGUCCCGGUUGGGCCGAACGCUGCGGGGCUCGAGGAUUGCGUACGUGGACAUCUACAAUCCCAUGAUGGACAUGAUCAACAGGCCCGCUGCAUAUGGUGAGUAA